AUGGUGAUGAGUAACCAGGCCAGCCAGUGCGGCUUGGCUUGGAUUGGGAAUUCCAACGGCUGGUCCAGCGAAGGUUGCAGGGUGACUCACACGAGCUCUGAUGUCACUUCCUGCUAUUGUAACCACACCACCAACUUCGCCGUCCUGAUGAAUUACAUGGAGUCCAAGUGGACUCAGGAGGAGGAGGAUAUUUUGACGAAGCUGACGUUUAUCGGCUCUGGGGCCUCUCUGUGCGCGCUGGUGGUGACCUUGAUGCUGUUCACCGUGCUGGACAUUCCCAAAUCGGAUAGGACGUCUAUCCACAGGAACCUGUUCAUUGCGCUAACCUGUGCCCAGAUAGUCCUUCUCUGCAGUGGCUCAGCUGUCAACAACAAGGUGGCCUGCACCCUGGUGGCGGCCCUGCUGCACCUUUUCUUCAUGGCUGCCUUCAGCUGGAUGCUGGUGGAAGGACUGCUUCUCUGGAGCAAAGUGGUGGCGGUCAACCUGAGCGAGGACCAACACAUGAAGUACUACUACCUCAUUGGCUGGGGUCUGCCAGUGCUGAUAGUCACCAUCACCCUGGCCUCUGCCUCAGGGAAGUACUCUGCUGAUGGCCACUGUUGGCUCAGUGUGCAGAACGGGGUCAUCUGGGGCUUCGCAGGCCCUGUCAUUUUCAUAAUUAUGGUGAAUAUCAUGGUUCUGAUGCGGGUGGUGGUCAUCACCAUCUCCACAGCCAAGAGGAGGUCCGUCAUGCUGGCAAUGGAUAUUAGUCCUGUGGAGCAGGCCUACGAGCAGAUCAGGGCUGCAGUGAAAGCGGUGCUGGUGCUACUGCCAAUCCUGGGCCUGACCUGGCUCUGUGGCGUCCUGGUGCCCUUCUCCAUAGUCAUGGCCUACAUCUUCAUCUUUCUCAAUUCACUGCAGGUACUGGCCACAUACUUUCACUUAUCUAAAAAAACGUAUCAUUCUGUCUCUUUGUGUUCUCUCUCUUCCUCUCACUCUUUCAUUCAUUCUUUGUCUUUCUGUUGUCCUCUUUCUCUCUCUUCCUCUCCCUCAAUUCGGUGUUAUACACGUAUGACCGUAUUCGGAUGUGUAGAUUAUUCGCUAUAGGCCUAUUUCAAUGGAGGCCUACCCAGUAGAGGGACAUACUGAUUUGUAGAUGUUGAUUGGAGAAUUAACAAGGAUUGCAAGACCACUAACCACCAAUAGAGAUGGAAGUGGCUCAAGUUUCAGUUGAGACCGUUGUUCUUUGAAAGGCCUCUGGUUUUGCUAUGAGUGAAUGGAGUGGUGUAUUAGAACCAAUCUCAGAGAUUAAAAAGGGGACACAAUCAGUAUUUGUGGCAAAUACGUUUUUUUUUUAGGGACUCUCAUUUUACCAUAAAAAACACCCCCAUCGUUUAAUUUUUUUUAUCGGAAAGCAUUU